AUGCAGAGUGAUGUCUUAAAUGAUCAACAACAACAACAACAAUUAUCUAACGAUACAGAUUGUUCAUCUUCGUUAUCAACAACACUUAUUUACUCUGGUUUAAAAUUGCAUCCUAAACCAUUUGUACCGACAAUAUCAAUGUCCAGCAUGACAAAUCCAGUAUCAAUCGUUAAAAAAUUAUCCAUUCCUGAUACACAUCCAGACAAUUCAACAAAACCUCUUGGAUCAACUAUACGACAUUCAUCAACAUCUACAACUCCAUCAUCAAUUCGUUUAGUAACACCAACAACAGGUAAAUCAUCACCACCAACAACAGCUUUACAACUUCAAUUUCUUGAUAAAUCUUCAACAACCACUGCAAAUGGAGGAUAUACAACAUCAAAAACUUAUAUACUUAAUCCACAACAAACAAGUUCUUCUGGAACAUCAUCAUUAGUAACAUUAAUACCACCUGGAACAACAUCACCUAAAAUUCAAACAUUAAUAUCAUCAACAAAUGAUCUAUCGAAUAAUAAUAAUAAUGAUCAAAAAAAUUCUAAACAAUCAUCAUUUAUAUCGAAAAAUCGUUUAACAUUUGUUCAACCAUUAGUAACAAAUGCAUCAUCAACAUCAUCAUCAUCAUCAAAUUCUGUAACGUCAAAAUUAGUUAUUCAACAAAAUUCAACAUCAAAUAUUUGGUCACAACAACCUACAACAAAAAUUCUUUCAGCUAAAAUGCUUUCACGUCCACUUCAUAUAAUAUCUUCAAAUGAACAUUCAAAUUUAUCAUCACCAACAUCAAAUGAAAAUCCAAUUUUUACAACAAAAAAUUUAGUUCAAAUGUCAAUAUUACCAUCAAGUUCAACAACAGAUUCAAUAAAUUCUGUUCAAUUAACCAAUUUUUAUUCGACACCAUCAUCAGUUCGAAUAUCAACAACACAACAACGUCCCAUGGAUCAUAAUAAUAAUCAUUCAUUAACAACACCAACUAUACGUGAAAUACAAACAGAUGAAAAAUUAAAUGAUUCAACUAUUAUUAAAAAUAUUCAUUCGAAUAAAAAUUCCAUUAAAAAUCGUACACGUCUUCCUUUACAACCAUCUACACAACAAAUAUCGUCUAUAUUACCAACGUCAAAGAAACAUAAAUUACCUGACGAUGACGAAGUAUCUUUAUCUGAACCACCAACUAAAAAAGUCCAUUAUGAACAGUUUGAUUCAUCAUCGAAUGGAAAAAAAAUUCGUAAAACACGACAUAAAUCAUUAUCAAAAACUUCAAUAGAGAAUACAACACCAAAUUCUCUGCCAUCUUCUUCUUCACCAUUAACAUCAUCGAUCGGUGUUGAUACAACUGGAAUUAUUGUAUCAAAAAAACGUUCAUCAGCAGAAAUAGCUGCAGCAGCAAUACUUUCAAGUAAUCAUAUGAGAAAAAAACGUGUACAAAGAAAAAAUUCAGAUGAAACAGUAUCAAAUAAUAAUAACAAUAAUAAUAAUAUUAAACAAGAAACAAUAUCAGUUAAUGAUUUAUCAACUGAAAUUAUUAAUGAUGAAUUAUUAAAAAGAUUAUCACAAGAUUUUGUUUAUGUUGAUAAACGAACUGGUAUUCGAUGGAUUGGUACAAAAGCACGUUCACAACCAAUGAAUACACUUUUAUCACGUUUUUCAUGGAAACCAAAAAUAAGUCAUUAUGAAAAAUAUUCUGAUAUGAUUCGAACGAAUCCAAAACGAACUGUACCUGUUAAAAGUCCUGAUACAAUACGAACAAAAUUAACACAACCAUGGGCAUCAUGGCGUAUUGAUCGACUAACAACAUAUCUUACUGAUCUGACACAAUGUGAACAAACAACACAAAAUAAUUUGUCAGAUAUAAGUCAAUUAUUGAAUCAACUUGAUAUAAAUGAUCAUUCAGUUCGAAAUACCAUCGAAGAUUUAAUUGGAGGUAAUAUUCAACGUCAUCGUUAUUUUUGUGAACAAUUAACACAAAUAUCAACAUUACUUGUUAAUCUACUUGAUCAUGGAAAUACAUUACGAGAGAUAUGUUCUACGUCGAAAUUAACACCGUCAUCAAUUUCAAUAACAAAUUCAACAUCAACACGAAGAAUUAAAGAACGAUAG